CAAUUGCCAAAGUUACAGAAGAUGUCAGUGCUUACUGCACAGUCUUCCUGGACAAGCAUACAAGGAAGACCUGGCCGCACAAUCCCAAAUCCCUCAUUGACUUUACCAUCGAUCUGCCUUGGUGUGUCUAAAAACUUGUUUACUCACAGUUGUUGCUUGCUUGAUUCUUUCAUUAAUAUAAAGUAUACUGUAUCAGUAGUCUUCAUGGCUGCGCACAGAAUAUUUUUAUGCAGCCGACCAUGUCGUCUCCAAAUCCUAAUUGAUUGUGCUUACUGGAGUAACAUAUGUUCCUGAUGUGUGUGUACGGAGGAUUCUGCCGUUCUUCGUAAGACUUUGUCUCAUUGGCUGUUGUUGACUUGAAGCCAUCCAAUUCAGCAAUCCCUGGUAGCCAGCGGGGCAUGUAUCUGAUUGCACUGGUUCUUUCUUUUCAUUGGAAACGGGCUGUGAUGGCAAGAAGAUACUGAAGAUAGGUUGUUCUUCAUACAAAAGGAUAGUCUGACUAAGUUGUCGCUAACAAUAACAAGGCCUUCGGCUGUUCGACAACAAAAGAUCUUCAUGGGUUCCUAUGCUAAUGGUAGAAACUGCACUCAUGAUGAUCCUUCAGUCGAGGAGCUGAAAGAACUGGCUUUGCCUCUGAAACCGAUGCCAUUACAUGCGAGUGGCUGGCUGAAUGACAUGAAGAUAUCCUCGCCUACUUCUAUUUGUGUGAACAUCGGUAACCCUGGCGCAUUUGAUCCGAUCUACCGAGCUUGGACUAAGAAGUAUCCUUCAGCUCUAAAUGCAUUUGAUCGAAUUGUUGCCUACGGCAAAGGUAAAAAGAUAGCAUUGUUCUUGGACUAUGAUGGCACCCUCUCACCUAUCGUCGAUGAACCUGACAAUGCCAUCAUGUCUGAUCAGAUGCGUGAGGUGGUGAAAAAUGUUGCAUUGCAUCUUCCCACUGCGAUUAUCAGUGGAAGAUCUUGUGAUAAGGUGUUUGAUUUUGUUAAACUAACAGAACUGUACUAUGCUGGUAGCCAUGGAAUAGACAUCAUGAGUCCAUUGGGGAAAUCUGGUUCUGUUACUGGCCAUAAAAGCUGCACUAAUUACAGUAACAAGCAGGAUAAGGAGGUGAAGAUGUUUCAGGCUGCCAGUGAAUUCUUACCGAUGAUCGACGAGGUUUUCAGAUUGCUUGUCGAGAAGAUCAGGGGAAUACACGGUGCAAAAGUUGAAAACAACAAGUUUUGCCUGUCGGUGCACUACCGCAAUGUCGACGAGAAGGAUUGGCCACUUGUCGCGGAGCACACAAACGACGUCCUGAAAGCCUACCCUCGCCUGCAACUGAGUCAUGGACGGAAGGUUUUAGAAAUUCGUCCAGUGAUAGACUGGAACAAAGGAAAGGCUGUGGAGUUCUUGUUAGACUCUCUAGGGCUAGCUAAUUGUGACAACGUACUCCCUAUCUACAUUGGAGAUGACCGUACUGACGAGGACGCGUUUAAGGUUUUACGGGAAGACAAACGGGGUUUUGGAAUUUUGGUGUCAUCUGUACCGAAAGAAUCUCAUGCAUUGUAUUCUCUGGUAGACCCAUCUGAGGUGAUGGAUUUCCUGAAAAGGUUAGUGAAAUGGAAGGAAGAAGCUUCACGAAUAACAAUGAAGUAGUAGUUGAUAAUAUCUGUUGAUGAUUUUAGGGUUAAUUUCUGGCAAAGAGGACUAGAGAAUUGAAUUGCACAUAAUGGACUUUUCUAUCCUUUUACCUUAGCUUGGCAAUACAUUGCUAAAUUGUUUUAAUGUAAAAGAAUGCAAGGCAUUCUGUACCAGUCGGUGCUUUGAACAAUGUUGCUCAGAUAUCUACAUGUUUGGCCAAU